CUCUUUCAAGUCUGUUCACUCUCAUUUAUUUUUCUUUUCCUAUAUCACAUCUCACACAGAGGUCAAAGUGACAACUGAAUCAAAGGUAUGGUCAAAAAUGGGAUUAAUCCUCUUUGGGUUGAGAAGGAAAAAUCAAUCCUGUUGAAGAGAGAAAUCUAGAUUCUCCCUCAUCUUAAAACUUGGGUUUGUCUGCCACAUUAAGGUCUUUGACUCUCAAAUACCUAAAUUAUUCUCCUGGGGGAUGUUGGCUUUUACUAUUUCUGCUUUAGCCUUUUUCAGUGACUUCAUACCUCUGUCUUUCUCACACACACACACGCACACACACACACACACACACAUUCAUUCAGAUUAAUGACAAUUCAUUCUGCACAGGAUGGCUGAUGGGAAGGAAGCUGUCAUUCCCAUUAUUUCCCUUACAUCAUAAGUCCCAUAAAUAAGAUAAGGUAGUCAGUUCUUAGAUGUGAAUUGAGAGUUAGGAGAUACUGAUUCUCCAUCUCAUUUGGUCUCUUACUGAAGUUUUUUGUGGCUGGUUUAAUAUAUGAAGUAUUCUACUAUUUAAUUGUUACAUAGGCUGUAGCAAUAUAAUGAUUAAAGUGCUUUGUGUUCCAGAAAACUUUUCUAGCCUGUACAUUCAAGUUAGAAGAUUGGAUAAAAUCUCACACAAGGAAAGACUAUGCUCACCGAACCCCACCUGGGAACCCAAUGCUCUGAAGAACGUAUUUCCAGAGUUUCUAUUAUGCAUAUAUCUACAUAAACUUUUCCUGCCUCUCCUUCAUGAAAAUGAGAUUAUACAACUAAACAAUAGAUUGUGGAUGCUUUCCAUAUCCAGAGUCACUUUCUGAAAAAAGUCCCAGUCCUGACCAAAACUAGACCUACUCUAUGGCUUACAAACAUGUCACUCUUCAGAAUGUGAAGUCUUGGAAAUAACACACUAAAAAGUACUUGUGGACUCUGGGGCUUUGGCAGGCUGGGACAGAACUUCUGAGAACAUGCUCUGUGAAUUUUCCAAAGGAGGCAAUCAAUCUGAGAGGACACACACGGGAGCUGUUCAUUUGGAACCUAGCUGGUGGCUUCUAUCUCGGAUUUGAGGAUCUCACAAUCAAUAGAUAUGUCUGCAAGUAUAGAGCAUAACCUGGAUAUUACUCUUAAUCAUUGCUUCAGUUUGUAAAGAGCUGGUCCCAUCAACUGCCAAAGAGGGAGGCUCAUCUAGAAUCCGGGUGGCUACAUCUGUCUGCCAAAAUCUUUUGAAAUUUGGCCCGGUAUUCAAAAGUCCGUGGAAAGAAAAAAACCUUGUCCCAGCUUCAGUUUCCAACUCUGAAGACAGACUUGCUUCUUUCAACGGUUUUCACAGAUCCGGUGACCUACGUUCUGAAGUCAGAAUUAGCUAACUUUCAAAAACAUCUGGAAAAAUGAAGACGUGGUUAAAAAUUGUAUUUGGAGUUGCCACUUCUGCUGUGCUUGCUUUAUUGGUGAUGUGCAUUGUCUUACGUCCUUCAAGAGUUCAUGACUCUGAAGGAAGUACAACAAAAACACUCACACUGAAGGAUAUUUUAAAUGGGACGUUUACCUAUAAAACAUUUUUCCCGAACUGGAUUUCAGGACAAGAAUAUCUUCAUCAGUCUACAGAUAAUGAUAUAGUAUAUUACAAUAUUGAAACAGGAGAAUCAUAUACCAUUUUGAGUAAUGCCACCAUGAAAAGUGUGAAUGCUUCAAAUUAUGGCUUAUCACCUGAUCGGCAAUUUGCAUAUCUAGAAAGUGAUUAUUCAAAGCUUUGGAGAUACUCCUACACGGCAACAUAUCACAUCUACAACCUCAAUAAUGGAGAGUUUAUAAGAAGAAAUGAGCUUCCUCGUCCAAUUCAGUAUUUAUGCUGGUCGCCUGUUGGGAGUAAAUUAGCAUAUGUCUAUCAAAACAAUGUCUAUUUGAAACAAAGACCAGAAGACCCACCUUUUCAAAUAACAUAUAAUGGAAAAGAAAAUAAAAUAUUCAAUGGAAUCCCAGACUGGGUGUAUGAAGAGGAAAUGCUUGCUACAAAAUAUGCUCUCUGGUGGUCUCCUAAUGGAAAAUUUUUGGCAUAUGCAGAAUUUAAUGAUACAGAGAUACCAGUUAUUGCAUAUUCCUAUUAUGGUGAUGAACAAUAUCCUAGAACAAUAAAUAUUCCAUACCCAAAGGCUGGAGCUAAGAAUCCGGUUGUUCGGUUAUUUAUUAUCGAUACCACUUCUCCUGAGCAUGUAGGUCCCAGAGAAGUACCAGUACCAGCAAUGAUAGCAUCAAGUGAUUAUUAUUUCAGUUGGCUCACAUGGGUUACUGAUGAACGAAUAUGUUUGCAGUGGCUAAAAAGAAUCCAGAACGUUUCAGUUCUGUCUAUAUGUGAUUUUAGGGAAGGCUGGCAGACAUGGGAUUGUCCAAAGACCCAGGAGCAUAUAGAAGAAAGCAGAACUGGAUGGGCUGGUGGAUUCUUUGUUUCAACACCAGUUUUCAGCUAUGAUGCCAUUUCAUACUACAAAAUAUUUAGCGACAAGGAUGGCUAUAAACAUAUUCACUAUAUCAAAGACACUGUGGAAAAUGCUAUUCAAAUUACAAGUGGCAAGUGGGAGGCCAUAAAUAUAUUCAGAGUAACACAGGAUUCACUGUUUUAUUCUAGCAAUGAAUUUGAAGGCUACCCUGGAAGAAGAAAUAUCUAUAGAAUUAGCAUUGGAAGCUAUCCUCCAAGCAAAAAGUGCAUUACUUGCCAUCUAAGGAAAGAAAGGUGCCAAUAUUACACAGCAAGUUUCAGUGACUACGCCAAGUACUAUGCGCUUGUCUGCUAUGGCCCAGGCCUCCCCAUUUCUACCCUUCAUGACGGCCACACCGAUCAAGAAAUUAAAAUCCUGGAAGAAAACAAAGAAUUGGAAAAUGCCUUGAAAAAUAUCCAGCUGCCUAAAGAGGAAAUUAAGAAACUUGAAGUGGAUGACAUUACUUUAUGGUACAAGAUGAUUCUUCCUCCUCAAUUUGACAGAUCAAAGAAGUAUCCCUUGCUAAUUCAAGUGUAUGGUGGUCCUUGCAGUCAGAGCGUAAGGUCUGUAUUCGCUAUUAGUUGGAUUUCUUAUCUUGCAAGUAAGGAGGGGAUAGUCAUUGCCUUGGUGGAUGGCCGAGGAACAGCCUUCCAAGGUGACAGACUCCUGUAUGCAGUAUAUCGAAAGCUGGGUGUUUAUGAAGUUGAGGACCAGAUCACAGCUGUCAGAAAAUUCAUAGAAAUGGGUUUCAUUGAUGAAAAAAGAAUAGCCAUAUGGGGCUGGUCCUACGGAGGCUAUGUUUCAUCCCUGGCCCUUGCUUCAGGAACCGGUCUUUUCAAAUGUGGGAUAGCAGUGGCUCCUGUCUCCAGCUGGGAAUAUUACGCAUCUAUCUACACAGAGCGCUUCAUGGGCCUCCCAACAAAGAACGAUAACCUCAAGCACUAUAAAAAUUCAACUGUGAUGGCAAGAGCAGAAUAUUUCAGAAAUGUAGACUAUCUUCUCAUCCACGGAACAGCAGAUGAUAAUGUGCACUUUCAAAACUCAGCACAGAUUGCUAAAGCUCUGGUUAAUGCACAAGUGGAUUUCCAGGCAAUGUGGUACUCGGACCAGAACCAUGGCAUAUCCGGCCUGUCCACGAAGCACCUGUACACCCACAUGACCCACUUCCUAAAGCAGUGUUUUUCUUUGUCCGACUAAAAAGGACGCAGACGCAAGCUUGUAUCACAGUGGGAACACUUCGUAUAAAUGCCUCAGACCAUUUGCUUGUUUUACUCUUUAUGCUGUUAAAUGCUGGUACAAACAAACAAAUGAAUGAUGUUCUAAAGGCUGGCGGAAGAUUGACUCAGAAGUUCAACCCAAAUAUUGUUUACAUUUUCUGUCACUCUCUGAAAGAAAAGGGAACCGUGCCUUUUGCUUUGGACACAGACAGUGUUUUAUUACCUGUUCAUUUGAGGAAAAUAAUAAAAUCAGAAGUUAAAGUG